AUGAGAAAUUGCCUGAGGUAUUUGAUAAACGAUUGCCUUUAUGUGGAAGCUACAUUGGAAGAUAAUAAGUAUCAAGAAACUUUUAAAAUGUUAACAGUGAGAUUAUGUUCGGAGGGUGAACAUGCUGUUAUUGGAAAGACGAAAUUCUUAUGGCCGGAACAAUGCUUACCAAAUGAAAUCACAAUCGAUGAAAAGCAGAUUGUUGUUUUGAGAGGAAUCAGUAAUAUCGCCAGAAUACCUUUAAGAAUACAACCGACUAAGCGUUCGUUAUACAUCGGUACUUCAGAGGAUUCCGUUCCUUCCGCAUCCAUUCAUGCAUCACUCUCUUCUCUUCAUAGAACAGAACCCUUUGAUUCUCUCGCUGUAAAAAUUUCUAAGUGCUUGGCACAAAAGGAUUUGAAUAAUAUUUGGAAUGAGCUGUCAAAAUUAGCCGGGGAAACAAAUGAUGAUCUGUUUGCCCACUUACCUAUAGCGCUUCCUGCUCAUUUACAAGUGGUGUUGUUAAGGGUCUUACGCAAAUGUGUUAAUGAAAAACUUUUCAACCGGGUACUCACAUUUCUCAUUCAAUCGAGACUGAUCACCGAACCCAAGGCAUGCCGUAAACUCAUUGAAUUAUUAGCUAGCAAAAGUCUUAUCCAACAAGCAGUUGAUUUUCUUCGUUUUUCGGUAGUAGUCGAUGAUCAAACAUAUACCGUAUUUCUCAAAAUGUCUUCAAAUGAAUCUGUUUUUGAGUGCUCCAACAUGCUUUUUACUUUACUGGAAAAGCCUGUUAAUAGCUACGGGUUACGACUAACUGUCUCACAGGAGUUGACAGAGGUUGAAGUUACGACUCUGAUUGAACGAUUGAUAUCACUCGGUUGUGACAGGAAGAGAGAUGACUUAUUUGAUAAGAUACUAAAACUUAUGACAGUUCUCAUUGAUAGCCAUUCACAACGUUUUGUUUGGAAUGAAAAGUGUCACAGUGUAAUACGAAAUGCUUCCUGUUUUGCAGCAACCAUGUUCACAUACCUAUUGCUAAUAUUUCAUGUGCAAUUGAUCGAUAUGUUCCGUCACUUGGAACAACAGCUGGAGCAGAAGAAAAAGAUAGCUGAUGAGGCGCCUGAAAUCAAUAGUGAUUAUGUUAUAAGGAAGAUAAGUUUUGCUCAAAAACCCAUAUAG